AGCAUCAGAAAUAAACAAUGAAAAACUGUAGCUUACUUUUAGUUCUUAUUUCAGGCAGUUUAAUCAUCGUUUCUGCAAAAAAUUUUGAAUUGAAGAAGAAGUUUGCUUUGUUUGUGCAAAAGCAGUUUUGUGGUGGAAAUGCAGAAAUGAAAUUGGAAGUAUUGGAUUGUGUGGAUAUGUUCCCAAAGAAGAUUAAAGAUGAAACAAUUUCGAUCACUAAAGAAAAAACAAUUUCAGGAGCUUUGACAAAAAUUUGUAAUGACAUUGUUGCUGCCAAGUUGGUGGCAGAAAAGCUUGGAAAUGAUGAAACAUAUGAUCUGGGUGAAGCAUUUUGGAACAGAUUGGAAAUUUGCAUAGACUUUUGAUUGUUGGAACUCUGUGAAUGUCUUCCAUUGUAUAAAAGAAAUAUAACUAAAAAAUUUUCGUUAUUUAUUUAUUUAUUUAUGAGCCUGUAUUUAUUUUAUUAAAUGAA